AUGGUAUUCCAUAUCGAAUGCGUUCUCGACUUGGGAACCUCGAAAUGGGUGGCUGCUUACGCCAUCUACAAAGAUGAAGAACGCAUUCCUCCGGAGACUCCGCUCAUGAUCGCAGAUCGUGCUCACGAGGUGCCUGUGAUAGCAACGUGGGUUGGCGAUGAUUUCAAGGAGGGCUUCGAGCUCGAGGCUAUGGCAAACAAAGAUCGCAAGCUUUCGAACAAGAUUAUUAGCCACCACAAGCUGGGUUUCUACGAAGGUCCAGAGACUGAAGAGCAUAGGAAGAAGAUCCAGGCCAUCCUUGAUGAUAUCCCCGGAAACAGGACACUAGACGAUCUGACUACUGAACAUAUCAGAGCUAUUAUGAAGCACAUCAGAGAGGCUCUUCUGAAAUGCGGAGAGAAAACCCACUAUGGCGAGCCCGUCUUCAAGCGUAUGAUCCGCGAAAUGCGGGUAAGAAUAACGGUUCCGCAGAUCUGGAGCCCAAAGGCAAGAAGACGCAUACAGACUGCUGCAAAGAAUGCCGGACUGAAAUUCGUGGUGCUCGCCUAUGAGCAACAAUGCGCCCUAUCGUUUCAAGUCAACAAGUGGUCCCAGAAAAGAGAGCGACUAGACAAACCGCUGAAGAAAGGUGACAGUAUUUUGGUCGCCGAUCUUGGCUGUGGCACCGGCGACUUUGCCGCCUACGAACUGGAUGAGGAUCUCGAUACGAAGAGCAAACUUGUCACCAUUGAGCACUCGACUGGAGACAUCUGUGGGUCCUUGCAAGUCGAUAUCCUGCUCUACGAAAUGCUCAAGAAGCAGGAGGGCGCGGAAUGGCGCGUCGACACCGCGGACUAUCUCGGAGUCACUGAGCGGGACUUCGAUCGCAGAGCUCUGCAAGCUAUUGAGCGAGUCAAGAAGGAAUUCGCCGGAAAUGAAGAUAAGUACAGUAUGAAGUCGAGAAACUUCACCUCCUUCGACAACCACUUGUAUCGAAAGCUUUUCUCGGAGCUUCCUGAACACCCGCUAACAUUUCUGCCUUUCGAUUACAGAUACAAAAGCUUUCAAUUAGAUGCAAGGCAGAUCCAUAGUGCUCUGGACCAAGUCAUAGCGAAGGUCACGAAGAGGCUCGACAGGCACAUUGACACGCGCAAGCCUCGCGUCAUCGAGAUCACUGGCGGCUUUGCCAAGAACAGCCAUCUGAUGAUGAAACUGCGUAACAAGUACGAGCCCGCAGGCAUCGACGUUGUUCGCCCGAAUAUCACUGACAUCUCCGACUGCUACCCCGUCGCGGUUGGCGGGCUGCUGCGGUAUGAUAGCAUACGAGCGCCAGUCCUGCCAUCUCAGUUUGGCUAUGCAUUGCUCGAACGACAGCCCUUUGACCCAAAUCUUCACCGUGACUCAUACGAAGAUGGAGAUUGGGAAGAAGAUGAGAUCAUCACUAAGCAAUGGGUCAGAAACGAUCCAUUUCAUCCAGAGACUGAGGUUGUCGAUGAUCGGCUUAGGAUCAUUGUCCAGAAGGGCCAGAAGCUCCUUCCAGGCCAGGUGGUACGGAAGAAAGUCUCACAGGUCUAUACGAUUCCCAUGGCGAAGCCAAGGAUUACGGCGGAGCUAGUCUACCUGACCGCCAAGCUUAAGGACUACAUGGCGGCGAGGAAACUCGAAGAAAAGGAGGAUGCAAACAAUGACGACGAGUGCAAAUUCCGCGCAGGUGUCCAUCACUGGGCUUCGGUAGAUCUUCCAAUCGAGUUGAAGGAUAUCAGGAACAAGGGGUUCCAAGUAGUAAAGGAUGAUGGCGAGAAAUUCUGGGAGGUCCGAGCAUUGGUUUGGAUCAAGAAUGGACCGCAGGAUAUGGAGAUUGCUUUCGAUGUCCUAAAGCCGAAGCAGGAUGAGGAGUGGGAUAGCGAUAAGGAGGACUCGGAUGAUGAUGAAUUCGAUGGUGAAGUGGCGUUUACGGUCAGAGAAACGAUUUGGGACUCGAAGCAUUCCGAGCGGCAUUCAUCGUGUUUUGAUGGAGACUUAGUAAGCAGUUCUACCAACCACUGUACAACGCACGGUCUUCUUGGCGUCCUCAUAUUUUUCACACUCCACAUGUACAAAACAGUAUCUCAGAGACAUGAACCAAGAACACUUGAGCGACGCAAGGUCAGACACAAUGAGAGGCGACAUCCCAAGACCGUCAGCAACCCGGACCCGGCUAUUCUAUCGAAAGUACGUCGUAAUAUCAACUCCCAUCUUCCGAUCAUAACUAAAAUCCAUCACACAGAACCCCAAAAUACAACCCGACCCACAUCAUGGCGAUCCGCCGACGAAAUUUUCGACAAACUGAAAGCAGAACUCAAUAGGCAAAUUUUGGAGGAGAAAGAAAGAAUUUCAGAGCUGCAGAAGAGACUCGCGAGGCUCGAUGUCGAUGCGAUGAACGAUCGUCGCGAGAUUCAGAUUUUGGGGGAGGAAAGAGAAGAGCGUGUAGAGAGGAGUGAGAGCAUUGCGGCUGCGGCGAAGGCGGUUGUGAGGGCUUCUUGGAGGGAGUUUGGGGCGAGGAUGGAUGAGUUGACGGAGGUUGUGGAGAAUGAUCGAGGUUCUCGUUGUGGCUCGCAGGACGAGAACGUUAUUCAGGUCUUAGCCGAGUCUGUCGACUUCUAUCGUGUCUCUCUGCAUGCAUCAGCUUUCUGA